GGAGUCAUGCCCGCCUACAGCGCUGCGGACGAUGCUCUGACAACCAAGCUGGUGACUUUUUAUGAGCACAAGAAGGAUUCCUGUGUCCCUUCUCACCUAGCGACUAUCCUCUUAUUUGAUCCAAGAAAUGGUUCUUUAAAAGCGAUCCUAGAUGGCAGCGUGAUUACAGCAAAACGAACAGCUGCAGUUUCUGCAAUUGCUACCAAGUUUUUAAUGCCAGCUUUUGCAGAAGUGCUGUGCAUUUUGGGAGCUGGUGUUCAGGCAUAUAGCCAUUAUGAUAUCUUCACAGAGCUGUUCACAUUUAAAGAGGUCAGGAUAUGGAAUCGCACCAAAGAGAGAGCAGUGAAGUUUGCUAAUUCAGUAAAUGGUCCAGUGCACGUCUGCUCGUCGGCUCAGGAGGCUGUUACUGGGGCUGAUGUGAUCAUAACGGUCACUAUGGCAACAACACCAAUUUUAUUUGGAGACUGGGUAAAACCAGGUGCCCAUAUCAAUGCUGUUGGAGCAAGUAGACCAGACUGGAGAGAAUUGGAUGAUGAACUGAUGAAGAACUCAGUUCUGUUUGUGGAUUCCAGAGAGGCUGCUCUUACAGAAUCUGGAGAUGUUAUAUUAUCAGGGGCAGAGAUUUUUGCUGAGCUGGGAGAGGUAGUGAAGGGCAUGAAACCAGCCCUGCCUGAAAAAACAACAGUGUUUAAAUCACUGGGGAUGGCGGUUGAAGAUACAGUAGCAGCAAAAUUUGUUUAUGACUCAUGGUCGGCUGGUAACUAG